CAAUUCUUCCAAAGAAAAAAAAAGGCAAAUUGAUUAUCAACCGUCAGAUUAUUCAUAUUGCCAUCAACGUUAACCAAUCUCUACACAGAUCAUCUAUCUGCCUUCUCUCUAUUUUUUGCUGUUUUUCGCUCCUCUCCCUCUCUGUAUCUCUCCGGCUAGCCGUUCUCUAACGUGGUGUAACAGUAGCAGCCGUUGGAUUAUCGCGGUUUCCAUCUGUAAAUGGGCUGCUUCCACUCAAAGGUAGCUAGAGAAUUCCGAGGACACGAAGACCCUGUUAAGCUUGCCUCCGAGACUGCCUUUAGUGUGAGUGAGGUUGAAGCAUUGUUUGAGCUCUUCAAGAGCAUAAGCAGCUCGGUUGUUGAUGAUGGUUUGAUUAACAAGGAGGAGUUUCAACUUGCUUUAUUCAAGAGCAGGAAGAGGGAGAAUAUAUUUGCUAACAGGAUAUUUGAUAUGUUUGAUGUUAAACGAAAAGGAGUAAUUGAUUUUGGAGACUUUGUAAGGUCGCUCAAUGUGUUCCACCCCAAUGCUUCUCUAGAAGACAAAAUUGAUUUUACGUUUAGGCUUUAUGACAUGGACUGCACGGGUUACAUUGAACGUCAGGAGGUUAAGCAAAUGUUGAUUGCCCUUCUCUGUGAAUCUGAAAUGAAGUUGGCCGAUGAAACCAUAGAGAUAAUACUAGAUAAGACAUUUGAGGAUGCAGACGUCAAUCAAGAUGGAAAGAUUGAUAGACUAGAGUGGAGAGAUUUCGUGAACAAGAACCCAUCAUUACUUAAGAUCAUGACACUCCCAUAUCUCAGGGAUAUUACGACAACGUUUCCGAGCUUUGUUUUUAAUUCUGAGGUCGAUGAGAUUGCCACAUGAAGAAAGAAAGAACAAGACCAGCGAGUGUUUGCAAACACAGUAGAACUAGAGAAUAUAUAUUUUUUUCUUUUAAUUGUUUCCUUUUCUGGGUUCCUAUUUGCUUCUCAGAACAGUUUUGAAAUCCUAGCUGAAAAAAAAACAAAGAGCGUAUCACCAAUCCAAUCCUGUACGUCAUAUGUAUACUUAGGAAGUGUUAAUGAGUUUGUAGUAUUGUACAUACCACACAUCA